AGCCCGAUCCAACCCAGCCAUCCCUCCCUCCCCGCCCCGUGCGCCGCCGCUCGCCGCCAACAGCAGCCGGAAUCCUCCUCACUUCUCUCUUCGGCUCCGCACACCAAAGGCGCCGCUGUCCGCCUGGCAUGGCGGAGCCCGCCAACCGGAGGAUGGAGGCCGUCCGCCGUCACCUUCUUCUUCCCCCGCCCCUUCGCCCGAAUCCGUUGAGCAGCCACGCGUCGGUGGAGGAGGAGCCGAGGCCGGUGAUCAUCGGCGGGAUGGUGCUGGAUAUCCAUGCCAAGCCCUCCGUGCCGCCCCAUCCCGGCACGACUGUCCCUGGAAUGGUUAAGUAUGUCAGUGGUGGUGUAGCAAGAAAUAUUGCUGAGUGCAUGUCAAAGCUUGGGACACAACCCUUCAUGAUUAGUGUUGUUGGAAAUGAUAUGGCAGGGGACUUCCUUUUAAAAUACUGGAGGUCUGCUGGAUUAUGUACAGAAGGAAUACUGCAGGUUCAUGAUGUUGCAACCCCAGUAGUAUCAAAUGUCUUUGACGGUAGUGGGGAAUUAAUUGCUGGAGUUGCAAGUGUUGGAGCUGUUGAAAGUUUUCUUACUCCGAGUUGGUUAUAUCGCUUCCGUCAUCAUAUUUCUAAUGCACCACUUAUAAUGCUUGAUGCAAAUUUGCCUCCCGAGUCCCUUGAAGCAGCUUGCAUAAUGGCAUAUGAAUCAGGGGUGCCUGUGUUAUUUGAGCCUGUCUCAGUGGUGAAGAGUCGAAGGAUUGCACCAAUUGCAGAAUAUAUAACUUGCACUUCCCCAAAUGAGAUUGAGCUUGUUGCCAUGGCAAAUUCAUUAUCCCCACCGGUGAAAUAUAAUUACCAUAAAAUGGAGUGCAAGGACAAAGCAGAGGCUGUAGAAUAUUUGUUCGAAAUGCUUAGCCCAGCAAUGUUUUUCCUUCUUGAAAAGGGAAUCAAGUUGCUUGUCGUGACACUCGGCUCGAAUGGUGUUUUUAUUGUUUGCAAAGAGCACAUUGACUUUGUGAAAGAUCAGCGCAAGUGCAAACAGACGCCUUUCUCCAGACAGCUACUUGAAAAAUUGGACGGGUGUUUUCCAUCCAACAAUCCUAUUAAUUUGUGCAGAGAAACCUCUUCAAGAACAUGUGUUUUUCAUUUACCUGCAAUAUCUGCCUCAGUAAUCAGCCUCACUGGUGCUGGUGAUUGCUUAGUUGGUGGUGUCCUUUCCGCUCUAUGUGGAGGCUUGGAUAUCAUCCAGAGUGUCGCAAUUGGGGUUGCUAUAGCAAAGGCAUCUGUGGAAUCUCAUGCCAACAUACCUGAUCACAUUUCCGCUGCAACUGUUUCAGGUACUGAUUAUCUGUUUACCUGACGCAGAUGAUGCAAAAAGGGUUUUGUUGUCUGCCAGGGUACUUUGGUGCAAAUGAAGAUUGAAAUGCCAAGGCCAGGGCUUUGGUGCAACUGAAAGGCAUUCCAUAAUUAUUGUUGAAGCUAUUGAACUCUGAUAGUGUUCUGUACAGUACAUGAUGGAAGGAUGGAGUUGCUAUCUACAAUGGUUCAUCUGUCGUAAGAAGAGGGAACACAGAUCGUAAAUCACAUUUUCUCCCCCUGCUGGCCUGUUCUCAUUUAAACUUUCUGUAAAUUGUGGGUGAGAGUUUGGUUCAGGGAUCAAAUUGCGCUGCAACUUUGAAUUACAUUUGUUGUCCCAAAUUCCCUUUUCGUUAACGUUGCAAGACUGAUGUAUAUGUGUUGUGUAUGUCCACUUUUUUCUA